CUUCCCCCCAUCGCCCGAUAAGAUGGUUGAGAUCCCACGAGGAGGAUCUGAUAUGAUCUCUCUGUCUUCCUAUUCCCCUGCAGAAUCUGCCUGAAACUGCCGGAUCCACUUCCAAACCCCCCAUCAGACCCAGCAAUCCCGCCACGGAUCCUGGAUCGCCGAGACGAACCACUGCGAUUGAUCUCAAGGACCCGCGCCGAACCCGGAGCUGGAUGAUUCCCUGCCGUAUCAUUCCACUGCACGGGUCAACGGACACGCACACCCGGUUGUACGCAUUAUAAGCCUAUUAUGGCCCAGCCGGAUUGAUCUCUCUGGCCUGCCUGAGUCUUGUCGUUCUUCUUUCAGUCUGCCGCCGGCUAGCAAACUCCUGUGGAACGUGUGAAACUCUUCCCUACAUACUGCAUUAUUCUACCCUCAAAGCAGGAUGGUGGUGUUUAUCGACUACGAUGAUGAUGUCCUCAACACGCAUCAUAUAUCGGGCCCCUCUCAUACCCACCGUUAUUCGUACAUAGAACCCAAAAAGCCCAGGUUAUCCAAGCCCUUUCCCGCUGGUGCGGGGGAGCCUGAUCGCUCAGCGGAUGUAUCGGCAGACGACGAUCGCUCUGCAGAUCCGUUGCACAACAUUCCUUUCCUCCCUCAAGAACAACAAAAUCCGAAUCGCAACGCUUUCUCGGCUGCUUUGAGCUGCUAUCCAAUCAUCAAGGAGAUCGCUCGUUCGGUGGACUUGAAUACUUUGCACGCCCUUUCCCGAACAUGCCGUCAAUUCCACGCCAAUCUGGCCCCAUAUCGCCAGCAGCUGAUCAAGCAGACCUUGCGUUGCGAAAAUGAGUACAUCGAGACACUGUCGGACAUGUUGGAUAGCGGGACUGCUAUUCCCAACAGCGUCAAGUCGGUUCUGCGGUUGCUCAGCCAGAAUGCCAGGAGCUCUGGCCGCAUGACCAGUGGCAAGAUCGCUAAGUGUGCCCGAGACAUGGUAGCUGAAUGCCGCCGAUGUUCUAAAGUUGUGUGUCGCAAUUGCACUAUAAAGCCACCAUCCAGCAGUAUGCUGAAACAUCGUAUUCGUCGGUUGUGUACCACAUGUCGUACGGCCCCUUUAAGCGACCUAAUCGAGCCACCUUACGAACACACCCAUCCACCCAAUACCUACACUGCUCCAUCCACGCAUCCUCCCCGGUCGGUAAUCUCUGCAUUCCGGCGUACCCCAUGCUCCUGCGAUGAUGCUAUAUGGCUCUGCCAUCAAUGCGGGCACCAAGUACGCAGCAACGAUACGACCUACCGUCGGGUUUGGACGUGGCGCACUCGAUACAGUACAUACCUUGGCGGUCUAGGCACAGGGAUUGGGGAAGGCUGCCAGGGCGUCAAGUGUGGUCGCGGAGAGGACUGCCUUGCGGCCCAAGAGAUUGAGCUGGAGGUAGAGUGCGAAGCGGACGAAGCAUCAGGGAGCCCUCCUGACUACAGCCGCUACUACGAACACCGGCACAGCCAGAGUCCUCCACGCCACCUCAAUCACAUCAAUGAGGGAUGGGAUCAUCGCGAAGAAGAGGAACCUGGCUACUUCCGACAGGAAAUCAUCGGCAUUGGAGGGCGGGUGAAACAGAAAGCAAAGAAGCGGGUCACAGUCGGUGCUUGUGUAGUCGAGCAUGAGGAUGAACGUGAAACGGGCGAUUACCUUAUCAGAGAGGAGCGGGGGCAGCAUCGAAGCUGGUGUGGAUGGUGUUGGAGAGUCAUUCCGGCCAAGGGCGAGCUGUAGAGCGCUAGUUAACGAUGCGAGCCUUAGCCCGAUGGAUUAUCAAGUACCAGGCCUGAUCAUCAGUAGAUAUGGAGUCGUGAAUACGGUCGAGUAAUCUAGAUCCCUUCAUCAUAGCUUGAUAUCACAUGUCUCAUCCCGACCAACCAUCAUC